AUGAAGCUAUCUCAAUUCCUUCUCUCCGUGCCAUUCCUUGGCAAUGUGGCUUUCGCUGCUCCUACAAAAUACACCACCGAAGAGCCACGGGCGUGUCUGUUACUGCGGCCAGCCAGACUGUCAAAUCUAUCUGUGAAAGACACAUUCGACUUGAUUUUCGUCCUUACGACCAUUGUCAGUGGAGGAGUCGCAAAUCUCCCCGAUGGUACUCCAUCCCUCGAUACAAACCCGGCAGGUGCACCGGGCUCGGCGGACGUUAAGCGAUCAUUGCCCCGAGACGAUAUGCUCACGAGCACCGUGAAUGCCGUUAGACAACACGGCUGGACCUUUGACUCUAUCGAGAGUAUCCCUAUUUCAAUAAGUGGACACCAGGCGCGGGAUGAUACUCCGGCAUUGGUAUCUCGUCAUCUCAUGAAGAAUAUGAGAAGCAAGAACGGCACGAGGUCUCGUGAUUACGAGUUCCAUCACUUCGCUGAUGGAACCUCCCAUACUCACGCCCCACUGCUCAAGAAUGACAAUGCGACAUCGACUGUCGCCAAAAGACAUGAUGGCGCCGGUGUCAAAGUUGUCUUCUCUCGCACUGGUAUUGCCGUCAGCAAAGUUGAAUACUCGGGCGCUUCUGCAGCCAUUGCAUCUGCAUGGGAUGAGCAUGCAGAAGCUGGUAACAGCGACUUCUAUGGAUUUGCUGAGAGAAUGAUGGCAAAUGGAGGAAAGAAAGCCGUCCUUUACUGGCGUACCAUUGUCGAGGCUAGUGGAUUUGGUAAUAACUACGAGCGCCUCGACGGUUGUGGGAAAAUGGGAGGAUAUAUUGGGCUGUACAUGGGUCCUUGA